AUGGUAGUUAUACUUGUUCAAAUAUGUGAUGAUAAUUUUGGAGGAUUGAUCAGAUAUCUUGCUGAUAUUUAUACUCUUUUGGGAAUUCCUCAAGAAUUUUUAUAUCUUGUUGAAAACAAACUUUGUAUGGAAAAAAUAAUGGGUAACAGUGAGUUAAGAUAUGUAACUACUGAGAAUAGAGAUGAUGAAAUUUCAAUCAUUGAGUCGCUUUUCAAUUCAUCGAGUUGGAGUUAUCAAGAGCUUUGUUUUAUUUUUGAACUCGUGUCUAGAAAUAUUUUUCUUGGUAUCUUGGACAAUGAAACGCAUGCGAAGAGUGCACUUUGUUUAUGCAUAGAACCAAUAGAUAUUAGCUGGACAGUUGUAAAUGAUGUGACUCAUUCAACUCACCUUGAAAGUAUUCUACAAGACUUUAUGAUGGGAUCUCAAUUUUUGAAUUUUUGGAAUUCUGUUCAACCUUCAACAGCAACUACAUGUGUCAGAAUGAGAGGUCAAAUAGUUUUGGUAGAUGGAAAAUAUCGUUUAGAUUUGUAUCAUCCUCAAUUUUGCUCAACAGUACAAAGUAAGGGAAUAUUUGAACUUGGAUCAGGUCUUUUUAGAGAAAUGUUAAGAUUGUUAGAGGGAAACCCUGUCACUGUGCGGUAA